GUGUGUCUUCCACACUCCUCUGUAUCCUCCUCCCUUCACUGUCAUCAUCCCUUUCAAUCACUCUUAUUAUCCCAUUUUCAUUUUCAUCCAUGGCCUCCAACCAAACUCCUCUCUCCGACGCCAAAUUCUCCGUCCAAGUCCAUGAUGUCGAGCAACAAACGAGCCUAGAGCUCGAAGAACAGGACAUCGACUACUCAAAAAGAUCACAAUGGCUACGUGCGGCGGUCCUAGGAGCCAACGACGGGUUGGUCUCCACUGCAUCCCUAAUGAUGGGUGUUGGAGCAGUGAAGGAGGACGUGAAGGUCAUGAUCUUGACCGGGUUCGCGGGUCUGGUAGCCGGAGCCUGCAGCAUGGCCAUAGGAGAGUUUGUGUCGGUGUAUUCGCAACUCGACAUAGAAGUUGCUCAAAUGAAGAGAAAGAAGAAAAGGGUAGACGGUGGACAGAGAGAAGAGCAAGAUGGGGAGAAGGAGAAUUUGCCAAAGCCAAUGCAAGCAGCUGCAGCGUCGGCUUUCGCGUUUUCAGUCGGCGCAAUGGUGCCAUUGCUAGCUGCAUCGUUUAUUAAAAAGUAUUGGGUGAGGCUGUGGGUGGUGGUGGCCGCAGUGACCCUGGCUUUGGUGGUGUUUGGGUGGUUAGGGGCUGCAUUAGGGAGGGCACCGGUGGUUAGGUCAUCUGUGAGGGUUUUGGUUGGGGGGUGGCUAGCUAUGGCUGUGACCUUUGGCUUGACCAAGUUGAUUGGGUCCAGUGGGUUGUGAUUCUAACCUUUGGUACUCUUUGUUGGUUUGUUUGUUUUUUUUUUUUUUUUUUUUUUUGAAGUGGGGGCUUCAACUUUUUCUUUCUCACUUAUUUUCCCCAAAAAAAAAAAAAACUAUUUCCUUCUUUUUUUUUCUUAUCCUACGUACUUUUUCUUGUAUAUCAUGAAAUGUAUCAAAAUAAUAGAAAAUGGUUGUGGAA